GCGGCAACCGGCGGAAGCCUCGUCUCGUCGCCGCGAUGCACCGGCUUCCUCUGGCCACACGGCCGCCGCCGGCGCACCGCACCUCGUCCCUUCUCUCCGUUCCUCAAAGGAGGAGGUUAGUGUGCUGCUGCAGCCUCAACUCUCUCGCCGAUGCCGCGAGACGGUGCGCGGCCGCGCCGCUCUUGGCCGCGUCGCUCCUCCUCGGCGCCGCCGCCGCCUCUCCUGGCAUCCCCGCCGCUACUCCACCAGCGAUUGCCCAACCCGGAGGAGGCGCGGCGCUGUUCCGGAAGGCGUGCAUCGGCUGCCACGACACGGGAGGGAACAUCCUGCAGCCAGGAGCCACCCUCUUCAUGAAGGAUCUCGAGAGGAAUGGAGUUGCCACGGAGGAAGAGAUAUACAACAUCACGUAUUACGGGAAGGGGAGGAUGCCGGGCUAUGGAGAGAAAUGCACCUCGAGAGGGCAGUGCACCUUCGGGCCCCGGCUACCCGAGGAUGACAUCAAGAUGCUAGCCGCGUUCGUCAAAUCGCAAGCCGAGAACGGGUGGCCAAAGAUCGAAGCCGACAUGGAGUGAUCCAACUGAAAAAAACAAACGAGGAGACAAGGCGCUGCUACCUGCUAGCUCGAUCACCUGUGCGUUUCCUCGGCUGCUGAGAGAGCCGAGGCAGAAUCUGCCAUUUGGAUGGAUUAUUGAUAACUUUUCUAACCAACGUUUGCCUUUUUGUUUUUAGGAACUUUGCCUAUUUUAAUUAAUUAACUGUUGUUAGCAAUUGCAGGUUGUGACAUUUUAAUUUAAAAGAUGGUGUGGAUUUAGCACUAAAAUAAUGUUAAUCUUUGCAUUAUUUGCAAUACCAGGUCCAGCAAAACAUUUACUCCCACUACUUUUAAUAUAAGGAAUUAUAAC